AUGGUGUCUGGUGACAACAAGUUCCCUGGUCCAGGCAGCGCUGACUCAGCCACCCUCCGUGUCAGCGAACCUGGGACAAACCGUCCAGAUCACCUGCUCCGGGAGCAGCUAUGGUUACUACAGCUGGCAUCAGCAGAAGGUUCCUGGCAGUGGCCUGUCACUGUGAUCUACAGCAACAACCAGAGACCCUCAGACAUCCCUUCACGAUUCUCUGGAUCCAAGUCUGGCUCAACAAGCACAUCAACCAUCACUGGGGUCCAAGCCGAGGACGAGGCUGUCUAUUACUGUGGUGCCUACGACAGCAGCUACAAUGGGGAGACAGGGCAAUGGGGAAGUUCCCUGGUCCAGGCAGCGCUGACUCAGCCACCCUCCGUGUCAGCGAACGUGGGACAAAACGUCCAGAUCACCUGCUCUGGGAGCAGCUAUGCUUAUUACGGCUGGUACCAGCAGAAGGUUCCUGGCAGUGCCCCUAUCACUGUGAUCUACAGGAACAACCAGAGACCGUCGGACAUCCCUUCACGAUUCUCUGGAACCCAGUCUGGCUCCACAGGCACGUUAACCAUCACUGGGGUCCAAGCCGAGGACGAGGCUGUCUAUUACUGUGCUGCCCAGGACGGCCGGGCUGAUCAGCACCCAGCUGCCCCGCUGGAUGGCCAUGGUGGGUGGUCUGGGUCGACUGUUACUGUCCGCUGUGCGUGGGUGGCAGCGAUCGUGACGGUGGUGCUGGAGGAUGUGGACGUGACACAGCUUCUGGUAGCAGAGGCCGGAGCACUGCUCCUCGUCCCCGUGGUGCUGCUGAGAAGUGGGAGCGUCUGCGGUGCUGGAGGCAUCGUGGCCCCCGGCCAGGGACGUCUCGGAUCACGGGCCUGCAGUGGUGGUGCUGGUGCGGUGCUGGGCCGGCCGCGGGUGCGGAGCCCUGCGGAGAAGCGGGAGGGGAAGGGGAGCGCGGCUGGAGGAGCUGUGCUGCCGCAGAGGGAUGCUCUAAGGGUGGGUGGGUGA